AUGAUGUCCGCUCGCUUCGCCCGCGCUGGCCUCCGUGCCACCCAGUUCUCCGUCGCUCGCCCUGCCGCCGUUAACGGCAUGCGCUCCUAUGCCACGGCCCAGGAGGUCCGCGCUCCCGUCGCUCUGUUCGGCGUCGAUGGCACCUAUGCCACCGCUCUGUACACUGCUUCCUCCAAGUCCUCUGCCCUCGACCAGACCGCCCGCGCCAUCGCUUCCCUCGGCGAGACCCUGAAGGCCGACAAGAAGCUCGUCAACAUCCUCGGCGCCCCCACUCUCAGCAACGCCGACAAGAAGUCCAUUGUUGAGGAGCUCGCCAAGGUUGCCGGUGCCGACAAGGCCGGUAUCGUCCAGAACUUCCUCGAGACCCUUGCCGAGAACAACCGUCUCGGUUCCCUCAACGGUGUCUGCGAGAAGUUCGCUACUCUGAUGGGUGCUCACCGUGGUGAGAUCGACCUCAACAUCACCAGUGCUCAGGAGCUCGACGCCAAGACCCUCACCCGUCUUGAGAAGGCCGUUGCCAAGUCCGAGUACAGCCAGGGCCAGAAGCUCAAGGUUGUUGCCAAGGUCGACCCCGCGCUUGUUGGUGGACUCGUCGUUGAGAUCGGUGGCCGCACCGUUGACCUUAGCGUUUCCUCCAAGAUCGCUAAGAUGAACAAGGCUCUCACUGAUGCUGUUUAA